ACUGCUUUGCUUCAAGUAGUUCCUGGAGAAGUAUCUUUUUACACACCAGGUGGCAUUCUUACUAUGGACACUUUGCUGCUUAAAGCUGCAUGCCAGAACCCUUUGAUAGGAGCAGCAUAUGGUUAUAUUCCGACAUUAUUUACUUGAUCUUUUUACCCAAGUGAACGUUCAUCAUGACUGAAAUAUGGCUAAUAACUAGAAGGACUUCAACUAUGGUUUUAAUUAUUACCUCAGUGAUUUUCAUGUCCCCACUGGAAUCUUCAGGCUUUCAGCUAACGACUGAGAAGAUGAAGUAUGACAAGGCAAGGACUUACUGUAGAAACAUGAGUACUGAUGUAGCCACUGUUUACAGUUUAGCCGAAGUCAAUAUCAUGAUCAAUUUAGUUUUGCCAACUGCUAGUAACAUUUGGAUAGGACUGGAGCUUGGAAACCUGUGGAUUUGGCACUGGACUGGGUCUGAUCAAGGAACAAGCUUUUUAAAUUGGGAUUCUGGAGAACCACAGGAUAAGAAACAAGAAGCAUGUGCAGUAAUGAAUCAAAAUGGAAUGUGGCUUGAAAAGGACUGUGGAACUCCAGAGAGCUUUGUUUGCCAAGGUGUCGGGGAUGUCCGCACUUACAUCUUUGUUCAGACUAAGAAAUCAUGGAGGGAUGCUCGCGGUUAUUGCUGGAACCUUUCAUCUGAUCUGGUUACUAUACACUCAACAGAGGAAAAUAAAGCAGUCCGCAACAUAUCCACUUCUGAAAAGUUGUGGAUUGGCCUUUUCAAAGACCCAUGGACAUGGUCGGGUGGCAGUAACUCAUCAUUCCGCUUUUGGGAUACCAAUGAACCCCGCUAUGGUAGCAAUGGAAACUGUGUUACAGCUGACUUAGGAAACAAUGGAACGUGGUCCAGUCAGAACUGCAAUAACGGAAACAGUGUCAUUUGUGGGACAGAACAAAUCGACAUCAUCCAUCUAUCUAUCCAUACCUUUACAGCAACAGAUCCAACAACCACCAGCUUACAAACUACACAGAACCUAACUACAUACCCUGCAUCAACUAACAUGGAAACUCCUUCACUUAUUUCAUCUCAAGCGGGUACAACAACUUUUAAUUCCACUUUGGUUUCCACUGAACAGCAGAUUACUAAUGCUACCACUACAGAACCAUCAACUAUAUCUGGACUGACUGCAUAUACAAUAUAUACAAUGACAACACCUCCACCUCAAAAUGCUACCACCCCAGUACCAUCAAUUACCAUUGGACGUACUACAUCUAACACCACAGAAGUUAUUUCACAUCCCAUCACCACAAAAUCCAAUAAUACAAGUACAAAAAUACCAACAAUGGCACCAAUACAACCACCCCAAAAUAUUACCACCCCAGCACCAUCAACUGUUACUAGACUGACUACAUCUACCCACACAGAGGUUGUUUCACAUCCCAUAACCAGUGAGCUUGACAACACAAGUACAGAAAUCCCAACAAUGACACUAACACCCCUGCAGCAAAAUGACACCAUGCCAGCACCAACAACUGGCACUAGAUCGAUUACAUCUACAACAACAGAGUUUGUUACAUAUCCCACGGUCACUCAACUUACCAGUACAAAUGAAGAAAUGGCAACAAUAACAUCGUCUGAAAUGCCUGAAAAUGCUACCAACCCAGCACCAAGAACUAUCACUGGACCAACUACUUUUAACACCACAAAGGUUGGUUCACAUCCCAUAACCACUGAGCUCAACAAUGCAAGUACUGAAAUGCCAACUAUGACAACAACAACAACACUGCAGCAAAAUAAUAUAACCCAAGGGCUAUCAACAAUCACUGAACUGAUUACAUCUAACACCACUGAGGUUGUUUCACACCCCACCAUCACUGAGUUUAACAAUACAAGCACAGAACUGCCCACAAUGUCAACAACACAACAGGCCCAAAAUGUUACUACCCCAACCCCUACAACUGGCACUGGACCAAAUCUAUCUAACACCACAGAGGUUGUUUCACAUUCUAUAAUUACUGAGCUCAACAACACAAGCACAGAAAUGCCAACAAUGACACUAACGCCAUCACUCCAAAAUGUUAGCACAUCAACACUAUCAACUGCCACUGGAUUGACAUCUGACAGUACUGAGGUUGUUUCAAAUCCCAUAACCAGUAAUCUUAACAGUACAAAUAUAGAAAUGCCAAUGAUUACAUCAACAGCACCACCACAAAAUCUUACCACACCAGCACCAUUAACAGAUGCUGGACCAACUGCUCUUAACACCACAGAGGUUGUUUCACAUCCUACAAUCCCUCAGCUGAACAGUACAGAAGUAACACCAAAACAACCACCCCGAAACACUACUGUGAAUAUAACAACAAACAGUGUUUUCACACCAACACUUCAGACCGGAACAUCAAUCCAAACAACAACACAAUCACCAACUCCGAUGUCGACUGUCAGCAGUUUUUAUUCAGAAGACGGCAUGAUAUUAAUCCAGAAAAAUAUGACAUGGAUUUCGGCUUUGAGCUUCUGCAGGGAGCAUUAUGUCGACCUAGUUCAGAUUACCAAUAAAGACAUUCAAAACAAAGUGGCUGAGAAGGCAAGAAGCUCUACAUCCCCUCAUGUGUGGCUUGGCUUACGCUACACUUGUAACUUUAAUUUUUGGUUCUGGACCAGCUCGAACGCAGGCUGUUACCAGAACUGGCAGCCAGGAGAAGGACCAGAAAGGGCAACUCAGUGUGGUGAGAGUGGAGCCAUUGAGGCCACAGGGAGGCAGCAGUGGGUCGGUUUGCCAGAAACGCAGGAACUAAAUUUCAUCUGCCAGACCUGUGGUAACUGAGAGUGGAUUGCCAGUGACACGUUCAGUAAGAACAGUGAUGAAAUUGUCAUGAAGCUGGUUCGGAAUUGCAUUUUUGCGAAGUGUUUAAGAUGUUAAACACCAAACAUUUAAUAUUUCUGAACUACAAACACGGUAUUAUGACUUGCAUGACUUUAGGUGAAAUACAGCAUCCUCUGCUAUUGUUCAUGUCUAAUUCUAAAUUAAUAUGAACACACUGUAUGUUGUAUGGGUGUGCAGAUUCACAGAGAUAUGUAGCAAGAGUAAUGUGAGAAAAUUGAUUGGCGCUAUACCUCUUGUACAGGGGUGAAAAUCUGCAUAUUGACCUCCUGGCCUGGCUGUCAAGAGCGUCUGCUUGAAAUCAAAGUCAAGGGACUGGCCCUCGGGAGUGCUUACAGAGAAAGCAAAGUGUACCGAUACACCAUAAGUACACAGAAAAUUACUCAGAGCUAUUAUAAC